AUGCUUUGGAUUGCAUUUAUAGGUGCACGUAUCUGCAUAUAUGAAAUGGAUAUAAACCAUGACGGAAUAUAUAGAAUGUUCUUGAUGGCAAAUGUAGUGACACCAACAGAACAAGCACAAUUCUUAUGUUUAAUACCAGUGUUAGAAGCAUUGUAUAAUGUUAAAGAUCAUAUUAACAAGGUAUUGAAAGUAAUCGCAUCUGAUACAUCAUCUGAUACAUCAUCUAGCUCAUCACGUUCUACUUAUACCAGAAUUCCCAUCCCUUCACCAAAAUUAAUCAAGAUUGCUAUUAUUGGCUCAAA